AUGGGAUUAUCUGUAGAUCCAAAAUGGGAAAUUGUUGUAGGUUCAGCACUGAAAGCACCAUGUUCACAUCUAGUAAAGUUAGGACUUUUACGCAUUUCCUAUCUUGCAGCACACAGGAUGGAUAAUUCCUCCAAGCCAGCCCUUCUGCGUCUUUCUGACGACCUAAUGGAGGGAUACAAGAAGGGUGUGAGACCUGUGUACAACUGGAGGCAGACCACCACUGUGUUUAUAGACGUCAUGGUAUAUGCUAUAUUAGGCGUGGAUGAGAAGAACCAAGUCCUGACAACGUACAUAUGGUAUAGACAGUUUUGGGUUGAUGAAUUUCUUACUUGGGAUCCAAAAAAGUAUGAAAAUGUGUCUAAAAUUUCCAUCCCUACUGAGAAGAUCUGGGUCCCCGACAUUCUGAUCAAUGAAUUUGUGGACGUUGGAAAGUCUCCGGAUAUUCCCUAUGUCUACGUCAACCAUGAAGGCCGGGUGCAGAACUACAAGCCUAUCCAAGUGGUGACGGCCUGCAGCCUCAAUAUCUACAACUUCCCAUUUGACUUACAGAACUGCACUUUGACCUUCACCAGCUGGCUACAUACAAUUCAGGACAUCAAUGUGUCUUUAUGGAGGACACCAGAAGAAGUGAAGGAAGACAAGAGUGUGUUCAUGAACAAAGGCGAGUGGGAGCUGCUGUAUGUCUUGUCCCAAUACCGGAUGUUUGUGGAACAUGAAGACAGCUUUGCAGAAAUGAAGUUCCAUGUUGUUAUCAAAAGAAGACCCCUCUUCUAUGCUGUAAAUCUACUUCUUCCUAGCAUGUUCCUCAUGGUCAUGGAUAUUAUUGGUUUCUAUCUGCCUCCGGAUAGUGGAGAAAGGGUUUCCUUCAAGAUCACUCUCCUCCUAGGCUACUCGGUAUUUCUCAUCAUUGUAUCUGACACACUGCCAGCUACAGCCAUUGGGACCCCAUUGAUAGGUGUAUAUUUUGUGGUCUGUAUGGCACUGUUGGUCAUCAGUCUGACAGAGACUAUACUCAUCGUUCGACUAGUACACAAGCAAGACCUUCAGCCUCAUGUUCCUGAAUGGGUAAAGAAACUGGUCUUGGAAAAGAUUACAGUUUUGCUAUGUAUCCGAAACAAUAAGAAGUUUACUGCAUCUCAUAACCACCAUUCUACUAUGUCCAAACAAAUGGAGAACAGCAGUACUGCUAAACUGACCCAUUACAACUCUGAAAAUACUAAAGAUUAUGAAAGAUCUGAAGGAGCCAUUCUACCUAUGAAAGAGAGCUCAAUUGUGGUGGACAGCAUCCUCCAUGAGAUUGCAUCUAUACGGCAGUAUCUAGAGAAAAGAGAUGAAUACCACGAUAUAGCCAUGGAAUGGUUGCAAGUUGGAUAUGUCCUCGAUGUCCUUCUCUUCCGUGUCUAUCUGGUGGCAGUGCUGGCAUACACAGUUACGUUGGCGACUAUGUGGUCUUACUGGCAGCAGGCUUGA